AUGCUGACGCUCCUCCCCUCCAGCUGCUGUUCACCCAUUAGGCUCCACCUGCUGCUCUCUGCGCUCUUCUUCUUGAUCCUCUUAUCCCCAGUAAGAAGUGGUAUGAGUUCUGCGCGAAACAACUGUCUCAAUCUGCAAGGCAAUUGCAAAAGAGACACCUGCAGACUAACAGAGGAUAUAAUUGGCUACUGCCAAAGAAGGUGGAAAUGCUGUCGCUCCUGGUGGAUUCUUUUGCCAGUUCCAACGCCCGCUAUCUAUUCAGAUUAUGUAGAACCUAUUAAGCCUAAGAUAAAAUGA